UGGGGUGGGGUACGGGGAGUGGGGGGUAGCGUGUAGUUUCUUUUGCCUUCAAAGCCUCAGGAAGCUCACUGGAUCUGCUGAUAAGAUAUGAGGAAGACUAGCAUCCGUGUUUUGUACUCUGCCGGAAUGUUCGGCGUACGAACUGGAACCUAAUUUAAGACUCCAAGAUUCGGCAUUCAGGAAAGACGCGCGCAUGUGUGCGCGUCUCCGCUGCGAUCUCCUCGGGGGGAGUGUAGAGUUUACAUUGAAAAGUCAAAGAAAUGUCAAGAAGCUCCCACUUUGGCUGUGACGCAGCUACUGUUCCAGUGGGCCGGUUGAUGUUUGGUCAAAGUGUACAAAAGUGGAUGAAGGGAACAGGUUCCUGCUGAUGUCCACCUCGUAUGAUGGAUCCUCAGGUAAUUCUACAGGAGGAGGAAACUGAGGGCUCAUGGAUUCUGUUGUCUUGGCUGGCGUCCUGCCUCAUGGUGAUUGGGGGUGCCCUCCCCUACGUGCCCCAGUACCAGGAGAUCCAGAGGAGCAGCAACACUGAAGGCUUCUCUACCAGAGUGUGUCUGGUCUUGCUCAUAGCCAACAUCUUUCGAAUCUUCUUCUGGAUUGGGAAGCAAUUUGAGCUCACUUUGCUGCUACAGAGUGUGGUGAUGAUCCUCACCAUGUUUACAAUGCUCCACCUCUGCUGUAUGAUCCAAAACACCAACCGUGUGAGCACCAAGCAGCACCGACUUGCAGACUUGGAUUUGCAUUAUUUCUGGAAGUGGAAUGCGUUUGAGGACUACCUCCUCUUCUGCUUUGGCCUCACUGUCCUUUGUGCUGUGGUCACCAUGCUGCUGUUGGACUCUGCCAUGUUUAUAGAAAUUCUGGGGUCCCUGGCUGUGGUGUUUGAGGCCAUGCUGGGCCUCCCUCAACUACUGCAGAACUUCCACAACCACUCCACCAAAGGCAUGAGUGUGAAGAUGGUACUGCUGUGGAUGGCCGGGGACGUCUUCAAGACAUCCUACUUUGUGAUGAACCAAAGCCCAUCUCAGUUCUGCUUGUGCGGUUCUGUCCAGAUCCUCAUUGACAUGGUCAUUCUCCUCCAGUGGACACAGAAAGAGCAAGAGGCAGACAUUGCUCACAUUGGCAGCUCCCUAACUGCACGUCUGUGUUGCUCUAAUGGCAGCUGUAAUGAGCAGUGGUGCACCAGUAGACCUCCACUGUCCUCUGCCGCUUGACUGAUGAGUCUCCCGCCCCACACCUCACCAGAUUGCUCUCAUGUCAUGUAAUGUGCGUGUUUAUUUAUGUGUGUGCAUUAUAGAGAGAGUAUGUUUCUCUUGGAAUACCUGCUGACGCGUGCUCAAUUUUUGCAGUUGGCAGUGCCAAGCCGAGGCCACACAAAGUGCAGCUAAUGAUGGUCCCUAUGAAAACCAUCAGUCUGUGUUAGUUUUCAACUUUAUUAAUGAUGAGGAGCUCUGUUGACAAGGACUGCACUUCUUUCGCAUAUAAUAAAGCUAACACCACUAUAAAAUGUUUUCAAAAAUAAAGACAGCCUUUAGUGACUGCA